GUUUAAACUUCGAAUAAAAUAGAUGAAAUAUUUUUUAGCGUAAUGUUGGUGUAACUGUUCAAAAGCCUGACUUGCAGAUACAAACAGUAGUAUUGCUGUCUAAUCUAGUGCUUAGUGUCGAUAUUAAUUCAAGAUGGGUACUGCUAGAUAUGAUAGAGCUAUUACUGUUUUUUCACCUGAUGGACAUUUGUUGCAAGUGGAAUAUGCACAGGAAGCUGUUCGUAAAGGAUCCACAGCGGUUGGCGUAAGAGGGAAUGAUGUUGUGGUUUUAGGCGUUGAAAAAAAAUCUGUGGCCAAACUUCAGGAAGAAAGGACUGUUAGAAAAAUUUGCUUACUGGAUGAUCACAUAGUUAUGGCUUUUGCAGGAUUGACUGCAGAUGCUAGGAUACUAAUUAACAGAGCUCAAAUAGAAUGUCAGUCUCAUAAACUGACUGUUGAAGACCCGGUUACUGUUGAAUAUAUCACAAGACAUAUAGCAGGAAUGAAACAAAAAUACACUCAAAGUAAUGGCAGAAGACCCUUUGGGAUCUCUUGUUUAAUUGGUGGGUUUGAUCUGGAUGGAUCUCCUCACCUAUAUCAGACAGAACCAUCUGGUAUAUAUUAUGAAUGGAAGGCUAAUGCUACAGGUCGAGGUGCUAAAACAGUCAGAGAAUUUUUAGAAAAAAAUUAUGAAACUGCUGAUAUGAGUACCGAAGAAGAAGUUGUAAGAUUUGCUGUUAAAGCUCUGCUAGAGGUGGUUCAGUCUGGGAAUAAAAAUCUUGAGAUUGCUGUUAUGAGAAGAGGACAGCCUCUUGUGAUGUUAGAUUUAGACACGAUAGAUAAAUAUGUAACCCAGGUUGAAAAAGAGAAGGAAGAAGAAGCUGAGAAAAAGAAACAAAAAAAAUGAUAGCUUUCAACUUUAUUUUAUGUUACUUAAUUGUAAAGUCUUGUAAUUACAAAAUAAAUGUUAAAACUUUGUGUA